UGUAAACAAAUAUAGACUGAAAACGAAACUAGGACUGAACUUUUAUAACUAUAUCAAAAUGGCGUCAGGAGGAAGUAUAAAUACAGAUAUUUUGUCUGAUGAAACGUUUGAUCUGCUAUGUACUAUGUGUAAACGUAAAGGCAGAAAUAGCGAAGCUCAGAAAUAUUGCGUAGAAUGUCAGGACUAUUAUUGUUUAAUCUGUGUCAAUGUUCAUGAGGAUGUUCCGUCGCUAAGUGGACAUAAGAUUCUUGACAAAAGACAGUUCCCAUCAGGGUCAGUCAAGACAAGGCCGGGUUCCAGCAAGCAUUUACCAGUUGCACCAACGGAGAGAUGUGACAGACACGUCCACAACUAUAUAGACAUGUACUGCCAAAACCAUAACGAUGUUGCUUGUGGCACGUGUAUGGCUAUAGAUCACAGGUCAUGCAAAAAUAUCUUCUACAUACCAGAAUUUCUCCAGAACAACACCGGCACCACCACUACCAGGGAAAUUCAGCAAAAGCUGGACUCAGUUGCUCAGGCCUUGAAAGAGCAACAAGAAAAGUUCAAAAGAGAAAAUGAACGGCUCUUGAAAAGCAAAAUUGCUACGCUGGAGAGCAUCAAGAAGCUCAGAAAAGAUAUCAAUGACAGACUUGACCAACUUGAAAACAACACUAUAUCUGACAUUGAAGAAAAGUACAAAGCCUUCAUAAAUGAAAUGGAGGACAGUAUCAGAAUAUUGGAGACAAACAAAGCUAGUGUAAAGUCCGCUCGAAACAAACUAAAUCUGGCAAGUGACAACAAAUUGCAAAACUUUGUGAAUGUCAAGAAAGGAGAAAACAUUGCUGAAAAUGCGGCUAAAUCAGUAAAAGCAAACCAAUUACAAUCUCCAUUCAAAGACAUUGAUUUCACUGGAGAUCAUAGACUAGAUUCUUUGUUGCAUGAAAUAAAUGUUUUCGGCAAGAUUGAACAGAGAAUAGCCAUGAAGACAGAAAACAUUGGUACUGUGAAUAUUCAUAAGAACGAUUCUUUACUUCAAGUAAAAGGCAGCACAAAAUAUAGUGUUAAAGUUCAGUCAGAUGAAUACAGGUGUGAUAUUAUCAGCGCCUGUACUCUUGAGGAUGGAACAAUGAUACUGGCUGAUCAAAACAACAAAAAGCUGAAACGUUUAGACAGUUCUUCAUAUACUGUCAUAGACUACUGUGAUCUGCCUGGGAGUCCAUGGCAAGUUUGUUCUAUCAAUAAACAGCAAGCUGCUGUAUGUUUGCGAGGCAAGCACAAAGUGCAACUCAUUUCACUAUCAACUAAAAUGACAUUAACAAACAAAAUUAAAACUGGCUUUGCAUGUUAUGGUCUUUCAUAUGCUGAUAGCAAUCUGUACAUUUCAGACUAUACAUCAGUUUAUAUAUACAGUUUAUCAGGAAGAAAGCUGAAGCAGUUCAGUAAAGAUCAAUCAGGACAGAAUCUGUUCUCUGUCAUCCGCAGUGUAGCCGUCAGUAAGGAUGGUUCCAAGAUUUAUGUUGCUGACAAAUACAAUGGACUGAUUAUACUGGAUUAUAACGGGACAAUUGUUGAAAGAUUUAAUGACUCACAGUUAGAACGUGCCUAUGGUUGUUAUCUUACAGGUAGAGGGCUACUUGUGUGUGGAAAUAACUUCGACAAUGUGCUACAGUUUGGACUGAAUGGUAAUCCUAUAGGCGAGGUUGUGAAAUUUAGUGAUACAUUUGCUAGUCAUCAGGCAAUAUGUUGCAAUCAGCAAAUGUCAAAGAUGAUUAUAGGCAGAGACGAGAAUGACAUAGAAGUAUAUGAUGUGAUAUGAAGUAUAUAGAAACUUGAUAUGCAUCGCAAUGCUGAAUUGAAUGACAUUACGAAUGAUGAUUACAAAUUUUAUCUUAUCAUUGUUCUACUGAAAAAAAGAGCAACUUUUACUAAUAUUCAUAAUAUGAGUAUCAUUAUUAUGUAUGAUUGCCAUCAUAAUGCAGAAUUAAUGAAUGGAUAUGACACUAACAUUUUACACUACCAGUUAACAAUGCUAAUUUUGCACCUGCAUUGAUACUAUAUACUAUCCAAAUGAAAAAAUCAUUGUUAUUACUGGGCGCAAUCUAUAAAUAUAUGUAUUUUUCAUUUUGUAUAUUUUGUCAUAUCAUGAGGGUGUAAAUGCUUUUAUCAAUUGACACUACAAUAAGAAAGAUAAAUAUGUACCAAAUUUGAAUAUUUAAAAGCCUGUUGAACAGUACUUACAUUUAAUUUGCAGUAUGUACAUUUUUAUUAAAUAAAUGUUACAAGAUUUACAUUAGAAAUUUUAUUUCAUUCUCCUCAUGCAUUUUUCAUAUUGGUCAUAUUUAUAAACCAGAAUCGAGUUAUCGAAACGCAAAAUCAUGUCCUGGGGUCGUAUGUCCAAAGAUGUUUACCUUGAGAGGAUCAUAUGAAGGUCAUGGUCAUGUAUAUUGGUCAGUUUGAAGGUCUUGUCACAGGAUCAUUAAUGUAGGCGAAACGGUAAAAUCUGGUUA